AUGUAUUUUCUUUUCCUUGUUGGUCUCUACAGGGGUUAUAUGGCUCCUGAGUAUGCUAUUCAUGGUCAUCUAAGUACGAAAUCAGACGUUUACAGCUUUGGAAUCACGCUGUUAGAAAUCGCCUCUGGCAGAAAAAUUUUUGAUAUCACAGUCGAUGGCCGGAUGCUCAUCCAGCAUGCGUGGAGGUUAUAUGAAAAGGAUUGGCUUCAUGAGCUAAUCGACCCUCGAUUGCUCAGCACCGACGGUUUAAUUUAUUCAAGCAGCGUGUCAAGAACAGUUAAGAUAGGUCUUUGCUGCAUUCAUAAUGACUACGCAAGACGCCCAUCGGUGUCACGAGUGUUAGCAAUGCUUUUAUCAGAAGAAGAGAUUCCAAAUCUCAACCGAGAAGAUGAACCCUUUUCAGAUUUACGUUACAUGAUAGGUGAGAGUAUUCACACAGAUAUGCUGAGUGGUGAGUCUGUGGAUUCGAGUUACGUGAGAGGUGAGAGUUUUCACACAGAUAUGCUGAACGAGGAGAGUUGUGAAUAUUGAAGAGCCAGACACAGAAAACGUUACUCGCAUCUUUUAAGAAAUUUAGGUUACGUUUUCAUUUCAAUUUAAAUUUCAAUAAAUUUAUUCUUCUACAAUUCAGUCUUCUCGAAGUUAUAGAAGAAUGUAAGAAAGACCAACAUCUAUUUUGCGUGUAACAAUCAAAGUUUAAUUAAAUUUAUAAACAAUUUAAUUU